AUGAAGUUAGACAUACAGCCAUCGUUAGCAUCCUUAAAAGACUACAUUAAAGAAAACGAUCCUGCUCAGCAUGUAAACAUGUAUCCUAUUUAUGCUUAUGUACCAGCAGCAGCAGCUGAAAUAGCUUCUCCGCACAUUGCAUAUUUAAAAUUGUGCAAAUUAAACGACCCUAAAAGAUCCCCAUCUUUUUUAUUGGAAAGCGCCGCUGGUAAUCAAUUAGGUAGGUAUUCUUUUAUUGGAUAUAACCCUAAAAAAUGCAUUAAAACUGGCCCAAACACUGAAAACGGCGAGGUUGAUCCACUAAUUUUGUUACAACAAGAAAUGAGUAAAUAUAAACUAGCUGAAAAUGUUCCUGGGUUACCUGUUUUAAGUGGGGGUUGCAUUGGUUAUAUCUCCUAUGACUGUAUCAAAUAUUUCGAGCCAACAACCAGAAACGAUGAUUUGAAAGAUGUUUUACAUUUGCCUGAAAGUAUACUAAUGUUAUUUGAUACUAUUAUUGCCUUUGAUAAUGUUUUCCAGAGAUUUCAAAUAAUACAUAAUAUUGAUAUCAGCAGUACUGAUAAUUUAGCUUCAGUUUAUGAGGAAAGUUGUAAAAUUAUUCAAUCUUUAGCAAACCAGUUAUUAGCCCCCGAUAACGAGCAUAGUUAUGAGCCAAUUCAAGGUCCAAUUAAAUUGGAUCAAACUUUUACUUCUAAUAUUGGUCAAGAAGGUUAUGAAAACCAUGUUGCGCAAUUAAAAGGUCAUAUCAAAAAGGGUGACAUUAUUCAGGCCGUUCCAUCUCAAAGAGUUGCUAGACCAACGAGUUUACAUCCAUUUAAUAUAUACAGACAAUUGCGUACAGUUAAUCCUUCGCCAUAUAUGUUUUAUAUUGAUUACUUAGACUUCCAAGUCAUUGGUGCAUCACCUGAAUUGUUAUGUAAGUCUGACUCAAAAAAUAAAGUGAUUACCCAUCCUAUUGCUGGCACCAUUAAAAGAGGUAGGACCACAGAGGAGGACGAUCUUUUGGCUGCGGAAUUAUCAUCAAGCCUAAAAGACAGGGCAGAGCAUAUCAUGUUAGUCGACUUAGCGCGCAACGAUAUCAAUAGAGUCUGCAACCCACUAUCCACAAGUGUCGAUAAAUUAUUGACAGUGCAGAAAUUUUCCCAUGUUCAGCAUUUGGUCAGUGUGGUUAGCGGUACAUUAAGAGAAGAUAAAACAAGAUUCGAUGCAUUCAGAUCCAUAUUCCCAGCAGGGACAGUUAGCGGCGCUCCAAAAGUCAAAGCUAUGGAGCUAAUCGGUAAAAUUGAGGGAGAAAAGAGAGGUUGUUAUGCUGGUGCAGUUGGCCAUUGGUCUUAUGAUGGUAAAAGCAUGGAUACGUGUAUUGCUUUGAGAACAAUGGUCUAUAAAAAUGGUAUAGCUUAUUUGCAAGCUGGUGGUGGUAUUGUUUUUGAUAGUAAUGAAUAUGAUGAAUAUAUUGAAACUAUGAACAAAAUGAAGGCUAAUCAUAAUACUAUUUUAGAGGCCGAGAAGUAUUGGGCUGAGAAAGUGGGAAGUUUGUAA